GUUUUUUCACCAUCAAAUAACGUCGGCGGCAAAUCAUCCCUGUUCUGUCCGCAGCUGGAUUCAUUGCAAGUGUGUCUUCUUGCUCAGGAUGCUGAUAUUGGUGUAUCAAACUUUAGGGAUCUGUGAAGGUAUCAAAACUCAGAACAGUUGUCUUGAACUUAUUUCGACCCGUGUACUCGUCAGUACAGGAGAAUGAAUCGACAGACUCGUCGAGGCAAUGACGAGGGAAAGACGAGUGCGCCGAAUGAGAGAAAGGGCUCUACCCUAACCCCUUUGGCAGAGGUUGUUUGCCUUGUAACAGUGCUGGACAAAUUCUCCAACCCAAUUCGCUCUUCUGCAUGGGCGAAUCCAUUACUAAGUGUGUACACGGUGCACACAGGUGCUUCCAAAGGUACUCGAACUUUGCCGCACCAGAAGCAGGGUCGAGGCUUCAACUCAACAUCACCAGCGCCACCACCAGCUGUUAGGAGGAUUUUCUAUCCUGACAAAGGUGUGGAGGUCGUGUCGCUAACAGAUAACUGUCCAGAAACGAGUUGA